CGUGAGGCUAAAUGAGCGGGUAUCUGUGGUUGUGGAUGUACUUUCAACUCUGAGGAAAUAUAUUUCCAUUUAAGUAGCGAAGAGCCCUUUAUGUAGGGAUAACAUACUUUUUGGAGGUUCUGCCUGGAUUUACUGAUGCAUGAAUCAUGCCUUCGUUAAUUUCUUUCUCGAAGCGGAUGGCUGUGUAGUAGCUCUCCACAAAUACAAUUUCAACCCAGAACAACAUACUAAACAACUGUGCCAACAAAAUGCAGAAGCAAGUGGAGGUCAGGAUGGGUGAAAGCCACCUGGAGCCCAUAGUCGAGACUCCUGACAGUAUAUGUAGCUCUAUAUGUGAUAAAAUCAUGAAGAACAUGGUUCUCACUCUCACAAUCCUGGGUGUGUUUCUGGGCUCCAUUUCUGGAAUGCUGCUGCGGCACAUAUCGCCUCUCCCGCCUGAUGUCAUUAUGAUCAUCGCCUUCCCUGGAGAGAUCCUAAUGAGAAUGCUGAAGAUGCUUAUUUUGCCUCUUGUUGUUUCCAGUCUGGUCACAGGACUUGCUGGUUUGGACGCUAAAUCCAGCGGUCGCCUAGGCACUAGAGCCAUGGUGUACUACAUGUCGACAACUGUGAUCGCUGCUGUUUUGGGAGUGAUCCUGGUGCUGCUCAUCCACCCAGGUAACCCCAAGAUGAGGGCUGGUCUCGGGCAGGGAAAGAAGAACGACGAGGUGUCCAGCGUGGACGCCUUCUUUGAUCUCAUCCGAAACCUUUUCCCAGAAAACUUGGUGCAGGCCUGCUUUCAGCAGAUCCAAACAGUAAUCAGCAAAGUGCCAGUGCCCACUAACAGAACAAAAGCACCUCCACAGUUCACAGUUAAAAGGACGCUUCAGUUCAAGAGUGGGAUGAACGUCUUGGGUUUGAUCGGAUUCUUUGUCGCGUUUGGAGUUAUUAUGGGAAAAAUGGGAGAAAAGGCCAAGUUGAUGUUGGACUUUUUCAAUGUCCUGAAUGAGAUUGUGAUGAGGCUUGUUGGUGCCAUUAUGUGGUACUCCCCUUUUGGUAUUGCCUGCCUCAUCUGUGGAAAGAUAAUCUCCAUUGCUGAUUUGGAGGUGGUUGCGAGGCAGUUGGGGAUGUACAUGGUGACUGUGAUAGUGGGGCUCAUCAUCCAUGGAGGCAUCUUCCUCCCGCUGAUAUAUUUUGUGAUAGUAAGAGAAAACCCCUGGACAUUUUUCAUGGGAAUAUUCCAAGCUUGGGUCACGGCACUUGGAACAGCAUCCAGUGCUGGGACCUUGCCUGUCACGUUCCGAUGCUUAGAGGAGAACCUAGGCAUCGAUAAGAGAGUAACUCGAUUUGUACUCCCAGUUGGUGCCACCAUCAACAUGGAUGGCACAGCACUUUAUGAGGCUGUGGCUGCCAUCUUCAUUGCUCAGAUGAACGGGAUUAACCUCGAUUGGGGCCAGAUUAUUACUGUCAGCAUGACAGCCACCCUGGCCAGUGUUGGAGCAGCCAGUAUCCCGAGUGCUGGACUUGUGACCAUGCUUCUGAUCCUCACGGCGGUGGGGCUGCCCACUCAGGACAUCAGCCUCCUGGUCGCUGUCGACUGGCUGCUGGAUCGUUUCCGUACCUCAGUCAAUGUGGUCGGGGACUCCUAUGGAGCGGGCAUCGUGUACCACCUUUCCAAGCACGAGCUCGACCUUUACGACCAACAGGCCCGGAUGGAGGAAUUUGAGAUGUCAAAGACACAAUCCUUCUUUGAAAAUAACACCAACCAGAAUGUAUACACACACCACAACUCAGUCUUGAUAGACGACUGCAAGGUCGGCAUGGGCAAAAAUGGCAAGACUGGAGGGUUCUCUCUUGUUGAGGAGGGACCAUGGAAAUGCGAGUAAAGCAGAUUCCAGAUGCUGCCACGCCUUACCCUGAGUUCCAGCUUUUACUUUCAGCCGACACAACUUUAAAAAUCAACAAAAAAAAUCACAUAGAAAAGAAGGGGGGAAAGGUUAGCAGAGUCAACUGUACCACAAGAACUUACUGUCGACCAGUCUUUUCCUUUCAGUUACCCAUCAGGGUAGCUACUGGAGCAAACUACAGAUGACUCAGCAACUUGUAUUAGACACAAACUGUAAGGAACUGGUGCAUUUCAUUCACUUUGUAAAGAAGAAUACAUCAUUCGAUUGACUACACAUUAAUUGGUGCUGCUGCAAUCCUCCAGUUCUGUCAACAAAAGAAUUCUUCAACCUUGUGCAACAUCUAAUUUUUCAUUUGUUUUGAAGCAUUUUCUUUAUAGCUUUAAGGGCAGAGCUAUGAAACGUGGACGAUGGCCUUGUUACCUUUAAUACAAGGACCACUUAAGGUAAAAUGCAAAUGUUGGUGUUAUUGACUCAGAACAAAUGUACCAGAGCGGCAUAUCAGAGUCUGAGAGACUUGGUUACUGAAUGGUUUUCAAUAUCAACUUCUAUGUGUAUUUUGUUUUCUCGUGAAAUGUCCAAAUCUGGACUUAAGGUUCAAAAUAAUGGGAACUGUGUUGAUGAAAAUAGAACAUGAACUGAAUGAAACAGUGCUUCUGGCAUUAUGAGUUAAGUAAUGGUUCAACACAGCGUUACCUAUGACUCUUUAACUUAUGGGAUUACUCCUUGAUGUCACACACAUGGCCAAGCCUAAGAAGCAAAGCUUAGGACUUAAAGCAUAAGAGCAGAGGGUUUGACCUCUAAAUGUGGCAACAAACAGCACAGGAUGAGUUGCAGAGAGCUGUAAAGCAGAAAUAGAAAUGUAUGUGAAGGGUGCCCUCACAGUUAUUUAUUUAUUACUUUUUGUAUAUAUGUUCUUUAUGGGUGACGCACUGUGUUUCUGUUUUUAGUCAAGAAGUAUGCCUGUGUACUUGAAUUUCUGUUUGUGUGUGUUUCUGAGAGCAAGAGGAAGAUUCUGAAGGAGAGGAAGUCGGAGGGUCAACAAGGGAUAAAGGGCGGGUAGGGGGGUGUCUCUCAAACUCUCAGCAAGCCAGUGCAUUGCUCUGUGUUUCAUUUCAAACUGUUUAUUUCUUUGCUUUAUGACAACCUUGCCUUGACGAUGUCAACUGCAGAGUGCAGUCAGUGUGAUGACUAACAAUUUUUGGAUAACAUUUAUUAAUAUUAAUUUCUUAAGAAUAUUGGGACACACAUUUCAGUAGAAGAAGUUACGUUUUUCCACCUUACACACUGGAUUUCCUCAUAAGGUGUCAGUGCGUUAUUGCACAUUUUGAUCAAAAGUGCAGAUUUAUAUAUAGAUAACACGCUUGCGAAUAUGCAUAGAGUUGAAUAGCUGUGGUCAUGUCUGUUUAGCAAUGCACACUAAAUUCUGCCUCCAGCACUCGCAGAAAUCUGAAGCCGUAACAACAAGGUCAUUGGUAUCGGCUGAAAAUGUUUUUGAGUUUGACUCGGUGUAGCAACUCGGUUCAAAUUUAAAACAGGAUCAUUUAUUUCUCUUUUCAGAUAAGCGACAGCUUAUAUAUUCAUGUUUAAAGUGCCUCCUUGCACUUUGUGUAUAUAUCAUCUUUAGAUAAAGUGUAUAAAUCAAAUGUGUAGAAUUUGACAUUUCACGUCAUGCAUCAGAAUGGUUUUUGCUAUGCUAAACAUUUCUAUAAAGACUUUAACAAUAUUAUUUAAAACAAUGUAAGUACAAUGUUAAUUUUCCUUUUACGAGCCACUAGUGGUCACUAUAGGUUAUAAGCUUAGAGUUAUUUAUUUAGAAACAAUGCAUUCAAUUUAUCUGUUUCCAAAAUAUAUAACUGAUUUCUAAGGGACGGAAGCCCAAUAUUGCUAUCCUCUUCAAUCAGAGAAUAUUGCUUUUAAGUAUUUAAUGGUCAUCAGCACAUUCAUUUAGUUUUGUGUUGGCAGCUAUACAGUAUGUCUCCAUGCCGCUGUGACACCUUUGCAGGUCAUCCUGUGUUUGGCUCAAGCACUUCCUUUCUCACAAAUGGAAGGCUCUUCCUCAGAAAUUAUCAUCAUAGCCUGAUUUAUGUCAAAAACACAUUAUGUAUUAAUUUAUCACUUCUGUUGCAUUUGUUUCUGGGCCUUGAUCUAAAAGUCCUUAGUUGACUGGCCUAGUGUAGCAUGGUUUUCUAUGUGAAAAGGUUCAAUCGUUAGAAAACAAAACAUGUAUUUUCUAUCUUCCUUUUUGAUUUGAUGCAUACAUUUUUCCAAGAACAUAUCCAACAUUUCCCUUGUGUCUGACAUUCAUUGGGAUGCAACAUGUAUUUUAAAUUGGAAUGAGCAGGAUUGAAUGCACUCGUACUAAAUAAACUAUAACAGAGCACAAACAAUAUUUGUCAGGCAAAUGGACUGAAAGUGUGUACAUGUUUUAAUACCUGUGUGUAAAUAUUAAUGGAAAAAAAUAAAUGUUUAUUGAUGAA